UCCGCAGCGCGCAGGCGUUCGCUCGAGCUAUGCCCCUUGGCGCGAAUGGACGAGCAGACCAUCCUGGCACGCUACGACGCCUCGCUCGCCCGAAUCCUCGCAGAGCGCGACCUGUCCGUCUUCUACCAGCGCGACACGCCCCUCUUCGACGCCAGCCGCCUGGCGCUCGCGAACGCCGUGUUCGCCGCGUUUGUCGACGCGAUCCCUGACCUCCUGGGCGAUAUGACGCUGGUCAAGAUGUUCCUUGCCGAGGCGUUCGAGUCUAGCGGCGAGAUGCUCGAGCGCGCGCGCGAGCUGGUUAGCGUGCACUUGACGUUCCGCGUCAUUGCGCUCGAGCAGCUGCUGCGCACGCCUGUGGGCGGGGUUGAGGAGUAGGCUCGGG